AUGGCGCAGAACUCUCAGACGCAAAAGCCAAAAUGGGGCGUGGGCUCUUUCCUCCAGCAGGCAGUAGCGGGCGUCGAGUCUCGACUGGAUCACAUAUUGAUGGACGAGGAGACUAAUCACACAAAGCCCGCUGAAACUCAUGACGGAGAGAUGCCCGCAACAAAAGCUCCCACUGCUCCGAUUUCCCGCAGUUCAUCGACGGCACGAAGAAAUGACCGGCUUCAGGAACGGCUGGCUCGAGCCAUGGCGAAGCAAGCUGCCUCAAACCUUGGUUCUCAGUCUCCUCAUAGCCGGGUCUCAUCGCCACCCGCUAGCCCAGUACCCAGCAGUGGCGCUCGGUCCAGUAUGGACAUUGAUUCAAACGUUGCAUCGGUGAACGGUGCGGCAGAAGACUCCAAAACCUCACGGCCGAACGACGACAGUAAUGCGGCUACAUUGAUAUCACCGAGAACGAGUCAUGAUCCAGGGGCAUCGCCGCGUGUUUCAGCGGACAUCAGUGUCUCUGGCUCAGCGCCCAGGGCCUCUAUAGAUGUGAUUCAAUCAUCAAACGAUUCAGCCACAGCCGGCCAAGAUACGUCGGAUUCACAACGGAGCGAACUUCUGAGUACUCUUGCUUCAAGCGAUAGUCCGCGGGCCAGCGUUGAAUUGCCAUCAGAAGUGCCGGCGGAAGAUCUGAACCCGGACAUUGCUCGCUUGCAGGCUGACCAUAAAGCUGCUGAGGCGCAAUGGCAAGAGGAGAUACAUGGUUAUAUUGAGCGCAUAGAUGCAUUGCAGUCAAAGUUGAAAUACCUCGCUAAGGAUGCUGCCGAAUCGGCCAAAACUGCUGCGGCAAAUGCUACUCCAGGGAGUGCGCAGAAAACCCUCUUGGAAAAAGAUGAGAAAAUCGCAUUACUUCUUGAAGAGGGGCAGAAGUUAUCCAAGUCUGAAAUGGACCACCGGACUGUGAUCAAGAAAUUGCGCCAGCAACUCACCGAAAACACAAAAUCUCAGACUGAAAUGAGGAAAAGGAUGGACAGACUUGAGCGGGAUGCGGUCAACUCCGAAGCAAGGGCCAAGCGGGCAGAGGCGGCAGAGAAGAGGGCAAUCGAGUCUUUAGCAUCUCACACCAAGUCAACUAAAGACCUGGAAGCUGUGAUCGAUGAACGCAAUGCACUCAGCCAAACUGUUCAAGAGAUGAAGUCGCAAUUGAGCCGGGCUGUCGCUCGUGCCGAAGAUGCGGAGACAAAAGCGAAUUCUGACGCUUUGGAGCAGCAGAAGCGCCAGGCAGCUGAACUAGACGAGGAACUAUCUAACCUUAAGAUCGAGCGCGACAUCAGCGAAGCAAAGUUUAAGAAAACGAUCUCCGAAUUGCAGGAGAAGAUCGAGCAAGAAAGGGAAAGAGCACGUAUGCUUGAGGCCGAGUUGAAAGGUGAACAAUCUGUCUUGGAAAGUAAAAUGGAAAGCCUUCGCUCCCGUGCAGAAGAAGCAUCAUCGGGGGCAACGGGGGAGACUCAAGCCAAACUUCUGCGUCAGAUUGAGACACUGCAAACUCAAUAUGCUGUCGCUAGUGCAAACUGGCAUACAUUGGAGGGCUCUUUGCUCUCGCGCCUUGCAAAUGUGGAGAAAGAGCGUGAUGACGCCGGUCGACGAGAAGUCGAUCUGCGGAAGAAAAUUCGGGAGAUGAACCUCAAGUUGAAGAAAUUUGAAGAGCAGUUGGACAACGCAAAAGAGGUCGAGCACGAUCUAACCAGCAGACUCGAUGCGCGUAUGGAAGAGCUUCAGAAGCUGCAACAGCGGCUCGAGAAAGCUGCAGAUGAGCUCGCUUCAACGCAGAAGGAGAUGGCCGAGCAGAGGAAAGCGAGUGAUGCAACGUGGGCGCAGAAGUUGGAGCAGAAGUUGGAAGAAGAGCGGGCCAAAUGGAGGGAUCAAGUGAACUCCCCAUCGCACCUACGCGGAAUGUCGCCCGUUGCAUCUACUCGGCGGUCAAGCACUCUCGACGCGACAACGCCGGGAUUGUCGGAUUUCCGCCCUCCUAGCCGGCGCUCAUCUGUCAUGCCUUUCAUGUCACCUGAGAUUGGCACCCCGCCCCGGCAAAACUCCUAUCCUGCCUCAGUUGCCCAAUCCACCCUCUCUCCCCCACCGAUUCAUUCAAAUCAAUCAUUCUUGGGAGCACCCUCAAUCAGCUUCGAGCCUGAAGAGUAUUUCGGCGACUCCGGCACUCCUAUCGCUCCUUCCGCGUACGGCGGUACGCAAGCACCUCCAUCACGUGGUAUCAACGACAUCAUCUCCGAGUCCACGGUCGGCGCCGGUCCAUCUGUGCAGCUGGUUGAGCGCAUGAGUGCCACAGUCCGCCGCCUGGAGAGCGAGCGUGCGGGUUCCAAGGAUGAAUUGGCUCGCGUGACGAGCCAGCGCGACGAGGCCCGGCAACAGGUCGUGGAUCUUAUGCGCGAGCUCGAAGAGAAGCAGGUCUCUGAUUCUCGGCUGCGGGAGCUAGAAGCAGAAUUGGAGGACCUUGAUCAGCGGUACCAGACUACUUUGGAGAUGCUGGGCGAGAAGAGCGAGCAGGUCGACGAGCUUAAUGCUGAUAUUGCCGAUCUCAAAAAGAUAUACCGCGAGCUGGUUGACAGCACCAUGAAAUGA